AGAGCACAAGGCUUCAUUCUUUCCCUCAUUGUGAAAUGGAGGAAGCAGUUAUACCUUUUAAGAAUCUGCACAGCAGAGAGUAUCAAGGUCACAAAAAGAAGGUGCAUUCGGUUGCUUGGAAUUGUACUGGCACGAAGCUAGCUUCCGGUUCUGUUGACCAAACCGCUCGUGUUUGGCACAUUGAGCCUCAUGGUCAUUUGGUGUCAUCAUAGCCAUGGGAUUGGAUAGUGAUUUGAGACUAAAAUGAUAGGUAAAAUUAAAGACAUUGAAUUGAAGGGUCAUACUGAUAGUGUGGACCAGCUAUGUUGGGACCCCAAACACGCUGAUCUAAUAGCAACUGCGUCAGGUGACAAGACUGUUCGUCUGUGGGAUGCUCGUAGUGGAAAAUGCUCUCAGCAGACAGAGCUUAGUGGGGAGAAUAUAAACAUCACCUACAGGCCUGAUGGAACUCAUGUAGCUGUUGGGAAUAGGGAUGACGAACUAACUAUACUGGAUGUUCGCAAAUUUAAGCCAAUUCAUAGGCGUAAGUUCAAUUAUGAGGUAAAUGAGAUAGCUUGGAAUAUGACAGGAGAGAUUUUCCUCUUGACAACUGGGAAUGGUACUGUUGAAGUGCUAGCAUACCCAUCUCUGCAACCACUUGACACAGUCAUGGCUCAUACAGCUGGUUGCUAUUGCAUUGCAAUAGAUCCAAAAGGAAGAUAUUUUGCUGUUGGAAGUGCGGAUUCCUUAGUUAGCCUUUGGGAUAUCUUGGAGAUGCUUUGUGUACGUACAUUUACAAAACUUGAAUGGCCUGUCAGGACAAUUAGCUUCAACCAUACAGGAGAUUAUAUUGCUUCUGCCAGUGAAGACUUGUUUAUUGAUAUAUCCAAUGUUCAUACUGGCCGCUCUCUGCAUCAAAUCCCGUGCCGAGCUGCAAUGAACAGCGUGGAAUGGAAUCCCAAGUACAAUUUACUUGCAUAUGCUGGGGAUGACAAGAACAAAUAUCUUGUUGAUGAGGGUGUUUUUCGAAUAUUUGGCUUUGAGAGUACCUAAAUUACAGCAGAGGAUUGAGAUGUUUUAUUGUAACAUUGGAAUUUUAGUCUCCUUUUUUCUGGAUGGCCUUGGAUUAUUUGUAACAUUAUGUCUUUGUUAGGAAAUUUGAUCUUGUUGGUAAUACACGAAUUUGUCCUUGGAUUAUUUGUAACAUUAUGUCUUUGUUAGGAAAUUUGAUCUUGUUGGUAAUACACGAAUUUGUCCUUAACAUAAUUUUCUUAGUGAUCAUUCUUUUAUGUUUA